CAAAGUUUGAUCAGCACCGACAGAAACAAAAAAUAAAUAACUGAUAGUCGCCAGCGAAAGAGUCGAGGCAAGCGAUAGUGUUGACUUUUUUCUUCUUUCUUUCUUUCUUUCUUCUAUUCAUAGGCCAUAGGCAUUCUCCCAAUCGUGUUCAAUAUCACCAUCAUCUUAUUUGGCAAUAAUGCGUGUGCAAGAGACAUAUAGCGAGUUUCCGGUGCGUGCAGUGAUCGUCAUGGGGGUCAGUGGCAGCGGCAAGAGCACGGUGGGGGCGCGACUGGCGCAGCAGCUGGGCAAUGCGCCGUUCAUCGACGCUGACUCGCUGCACCCGCCAGCAAACAUCGCGCUGAUGAAGAGCGGCACGGCGCUGACGGACAGCAACCGGUGGCCAUGGCUCAAGCUCGUGCGCGAAGAGAUCGAAAAGAAAUCAAAAAGCGUACUGGCAUCAUCAGAUGCCAGCAGCAAUAGAAGCGCCGGUGGGGAGGCGAGGGAUGAAAGGCGACUGCUGUAUGUGGUGUGCGCGUGCUCGGCGCUCAAGCGCAGCUACCGCGAGCUGCUGUCGCGCGGCGACCCGGGCUUGGGGUGGACGCACGAUACGGUGUUUGUGUUCGUGGACGUGUCGAAGCGCGAGCUCUCGCGGCGGCUGGCGCUGAGGGCCGGGCACUUCAUGGACCCGGCGCUGCUGGACUCGCAGCUCGAGACGCUCGAGGCGCCGAGCGUCACGCGCGAGGCGGCGGUGGUCGUGCACGGCGACGGCGCGGCGGUCGACGAGGUUGUGGCGGACGCGUGGCAGCAGAUCCGAGGGUACGUGUCGAAGAACUCGCUGUGAAAGGGCGUGUUGGCGGCGGCAGCGCAGCAAUCUAGAAUUCCAGCAACCCAGGCAGCGCAGCAAC